AAACAGUAGAAGGUCCUGGUCAAGAAUAAAUUUAGGGCUUCUCUCUUUUCUAUUUUUUUUUUUUUUUCAGCUUUUUGUUUUUUCUUACUUUAGUCUCUCUUAUUUAUUUAGUUUCCCUCAUGUUGUUCUGAAAGCCCAUGGCAUGUUUAGACAUGUAUAAUUCCGAGCACAAGGGUCACUAUGCUCCCAUGAGCCCAAGAAUCUCUUUCUCAAAUGAUUUUGUUGAUGCCCAACAAGCUAUUAGGCAAGAAAUUAUUAGAAGCUCCAGAGAAACAGCACCAGUUUCAUCAGACUUUGAAUUCUCAGUGACAAAUUCUUCAAUGAUGAGCGGGGCCGAUGAGCUUUUCUUCAAAGGAAGGCUGUUGCCGUUUAAGGAUAAUUAUAGUAAUAAUAACCAGAUGCAGAAAACGACCACUUUGAGAGAUGAACUUCUUGUUGAAGACGAUAAUGAUCAUGCUGACGUGUCAUUGAGGCCACCAAAAGGGUCUAUGAAGUGGAAAGGGCUUCUGGGUCUGAAGAGAAGUAACCACAUUGGGUCUAAGAAAGCUGAAAAGAGUAGUGAUGGCUCCUCUUUAGAUGGAAGAAGGUCUGGUUUGGUGCAUGAACAUGCGCAUGGUAGCAAGACCUCACAGGAGCUGUUGAAUGAAGGAGGGUCUAGUAGCAGAGACGUGGAGAUUGGAUUAUAGUUUGCCUCGUUGGGUGGUCGUUGGGGGUUUAAUGAUUGGUAGAGGCGUGGGACUUUUUACUUUUUAUUUUUAUUUUUUUCUUUUGUAAGAGAAAAAUUGGCGGUGAUAGUUCUUUUUAGUUUAAAUCAGAAGUUUUUGGGUAGUUUAGAGUUGGUGAAAUGUGUUAGCAGGUGGGGGGAUUUUAACUUGUAAUAUUUUUCCUGUGUAUUAUUUCGGUAUUAAAAUCAGAGAGAGUAUCACCGUUUCUGAUUAAUUUGUUUUGAUUCUCAGAAGGUUUCGUCUUUAUUUUUUGGCUGUUCAGUGUACAAAAAUAUAUUUGCAGUUGAACAA